AUGCUCAAAGAUCAACGCUGGCUCUCCAGCCGCUGUGGAGUCCCCAACUUGCCGGUUCCUCCCACCCAACGGCUGGUAACAUUCAGCUAUGUCGGAGACAUACCCAAAGUGGUGCUCAGUUCGUCCGAACAGCAGGAGGCUCUCGAGGAUGUCCUCGCUGUGCUAAAGACUGCCGAUGUUGAGUUUUUCCCCACUCAGGGCACGCUGAUUGGUUUAGUUCGCUACGGCGAGCUCCACGGCAACUUGAGCGCUGGGAAAGUAGACGUGGUGGACAGAGACAUGGACUGGAUGGUGCGAGCUGACACUUUGGCGUCCUGGUUUGGAGUGGUGAAGAGGAUUAGCGAUGAACUUCUUGCCCGUGGCUGGUUCUACUGUGUGCUGAUGUCUUCUGCUGCUGAUGCAAUGGUGUGGGCUGGACAGCUGUCCAGAAUGAAAUGCAUCAGAUCGAAGCCAUUCUUGGCCGUCGCGGAUUUUGAAGCAUAUUCAGUCGAUGGAGAAGCUUUGCAGACUGGCUUCUGUGAGUGUGAGCAUCUAAUUGCUACGACCAUCGAUGGCUUCUUCACUGAGAACGGUUGCAGCUGCACGGGAAGAGCAUUCACCCUUGAGAAUGUGCUGCCGCUGCAGUCCUGUCGUUUCUACGAGCAGACCGCACCAUGCCCACGUCGCCCAGCUGCCUAUUUGGCGGAGCUCUAUCCGACUGGGCGAUGCUUCGCAAUACCCACUGUCACGGAGUUUCGUGCGCCCAAUGAUGCCAGGAAUUCGCGACUCAUCACCGAGGGCCUGAAUGCCUCCGAUGUACAUCUGCUGCGUCGGACGGCGGCCAAAUUGCACAAGGGAGGUCAUGCAUCCUUCCUGGAGGAGUUCGAGCAUUGCGACUUCCAGCAGAGCUUAAUGCUCGGAGACUUCGCGAGAUGGGAGGUGGACGCUGCUUCUGGAAAGCUCCUUCGAUCCCAAUUCUUUCUGCUCGAUGGGGCAGAAGGCCGCCUACCUCAGCCCGAUGGAACCACGUACUUCUACAGCGAGACAAUGGGGGAUGAUGUGAGCAAUUGCAGCGCGAUUUGCGACGAUGCUUGUGCCUUCCAGGGUAGCCGCCAAUGCUUUCUGCAAGAGCUCCAAGGAAUGGAGAAGGAGUUGCUCUUCCGCUGGACACCCUCAUCCCCCUUGGACGGCCAUGUGGCUCCGGACAACUACGAGGCGCUGGCCAUUAUCCCGCCUGAAGCCUUCGGGUACACCUCUGACGACGACCUCGGAGGCAUUGCUUUGCUCUUGGUGAACGACAACAACGACAACCCGCGGCAGAUCGGCACGCAGCUGGUUCUGCUGCGACUGGCAUUUUCACUGCCGUCUUCGCACGCCGACGACAGCCCUGAGGUGUUUAUCAUCGGGUUCCUGGCAGCGGCCUGCUUGCUGAUCGCCCUAGUGGGCUGGCUCUGGAUCCGACGGAGAUCCGCCCGGCACGUGAGGUUCCAGGAUCUUUCUGACGAAGGACUUGCUGCCGGGAUGCUUGGGCUCGGACGAGCUCGCCAAGUCUAG